AUGAAGGGGACCUCGAUCUUUCAGCUCAAGGCCUGGCCGAAGAUCCACCAUCCAUUGCCGCGGACACCGCGAGAGUCCCAGCAGCUCCUCAACGCCCUCACCUCAUCCUUUCGACGACAACUGGACCGCGCGUACCCGGCACCCAACACCUCCACCCCCAGCGACCGUCCGCCCUUGAAUACUGAUUCCUCUGCUCAUGCGACCGAUCAGCACUUGCACACCAUUCUUGAUAAUCCCUUGUUUCGAAUCAUCCCACCGAAGGCGAGAACGGUGUCGCAGGAUCAUGCCACCCCCCAGGCAACUGAGGAACAGAUGCGGCGGGUUCAGGAGCCCAUGGUGGUAUUUGAUGAGGCUGUUGCCUCGGGCUCCGCUUCUGCAUCCUUCGUGACCGACUGUUUAAAGUCUCAGUUGCUUCUUGCUCGGUCUUCGGGGGAGCAGGGAGUAAACGAAGCCCUGAAAGCCACCCGGGCAGGCUCGAAAGUAGUCAACUGGUUCUGGGCCUCAGAUGGCACAUCACGGCAAAUGCUUCUCCAAUCCCGCGCAUCAACUAGUUCCUUGACCAAGUUUCUGGCCGCAGAGGGGCUCCAGAAUACGGUGAUGGAAUGGCUAGGCAUGCUGAGGAACGCGGACCUGGGUGGAAGCACCGGCCAGAUGUCUGAAGAGCGGGCUCGCCUGGCUUUCAGUCACCUCCUCCACGACUUUGUGGAUGCGGAAUUUCGUUACGGAGGUGGACUCUGCUCGGCUAUGAAGUACUAUUUGCGGGCAUGUCACCUCCACUUUUCGUCUCACAGCGCAUCGAGUGAUGCGAAGGCUGCCAAGUCAAUGUUGCUAGGAACCGGCGCUCAUUUGACCCGCAUUGCCAUGGAGAACAAGCCGGCGAGUCAUCAGAUUCCAGGAUAUCUCUAUGACGAAUUUUCGGAGACUAUGUCUCUAUUGUCAUCUCCGCGAUCAUUACUAUUCGCCUCAGUGGCACUCUGCCACCCAAGUCAUCCUGACCCAACCCCUUUUAUACACUUUGUGGAUGGACUGUCACCAAGCAAGUUCCAAAAAUGGAGUGACUCCAGGCGGGAUGCCUUCCUCCGCAUCAGUUGUGACGCUCUCCGCACUCUGAUUGACCGCCAGAAGAUCCGACUGGCGACCAACCUGGGACACCAAAUUCAACAAUUACUUCCAGAGGAAACAGCCAUGGCAAGCAUCGAGGGGUCUCGCUCUCGCUCCUCGCCUGAAGAUGAUUAUCUUCUCAGUCGCUUGGAUUUGAAUUUGACCUGA